AAGUUUACGUAUUUUAUCCUUUAUAAAGAAUUAAGUAUUAUAAAAGACCUAGUAUAUAUAUUUACUAAGACUAUACUUUUAAACUACGGUUUACUAAAAGAAAUUAUUUUAAAUAAAGAUAAGCUAUUUAUUUCAAAAUUUUAG